AUGUUCGCAUCACAUGGCUGGAUGCAGACUCCAGAAUCGCGCCGGCCUGUGGGAGCCCUGAGCGACGUGAGCACCUACCACCCAGUACCCGGAGCGUUGCAGCUGCUUUUCACCCUGGUCGUACUGUCCUCUCACGAUGUGGCCCUUUUCAACAACCGCUCGCGCAACGCCAUCCGAAACUGGGCGCCGCAAUCCUACAUCGACCGGUCCGUGAACUUGGCGGGCAUGCUCUGGCGCUGCCGACAAAUGAAGGCGCUGGGCUACAUCUUGACAGAGGUGGAUUGGACUGCCGGUGGCCCAAUUUUGCAGGACCUGCUGAGCUGGCUGGCACUCAAAGCACGUCUCAUUCUGGACACUCCGAGGAUCUCCACCUUCGCGUACCUGGAGAUCGGAGUCUGGGGAACAAAAUGA